AACAGCUACCAUUAGAAACAAAAUAGAAAGAGGACUCCUCUUUCCUUCUUCUUCCAUGAGUUCUCCAGCAACCAGAAAUAGGAGAGAGAGAGAGAGAGCUGCAUUCAAGUUCAUAGAUUGAUUCUCUCUGUUUUCAGAAUUUAAGGAGCAGAAAAAAAAGGAAAAUUUAACACUGUACUACUGCAACCUCAGACCAAUCUGUGAGAAAUGCCGGAGAAGGGGCUGAGCUGGCCGUCUUCGCAGCCGUGGACGGGGAGUCAAAGGUUCGGUCAUCUGCUUCAAUGGCGAGUUGGGUUGUUAACGGCGGUGGUUAUCGUCGGAAUGGUGGUGGUUUGGAGCGUCGAUGCCAAAACUAUGCAGAGCUUCGUCGAAGCAACGAGGUCCCGCCAAGCUUACCUCACUACAAAGGUUAGUGCUUUAGCUAACCUCGCCCAAACCCAUCAAAAUCUCGACUUUAAAUCCUUCCACAUUGCGGUUAACCAGACCAAGAUAACCCCGAAUCAAACCAAUUCGACCCAGAACCAGAUCAAGACGACCCAGAACCAAACCAAUGCGACCCAGUUCAAAACCCACUUGGGUUUUCAAAAGCCAGUGAAUUUUUCCCAAUCUGAACCAAUUUCUGCCCAUAAUCCAACUGGGGUUUCUCUAAAAUCAGGAAGUAUGAGUUGGGUUGCAGCUGGAUUGGAGCCUAAUUUAACAAAGAAUCUUCUGGCUCGGUGGCUAGCUCCGGGAGGAGAGCCCUGUAAAGAUUCUAAAACAGUAGAAAUUUCAAUUCUUGAUGUGGAUGGUAGGGAUCUGAUCGAGUUAUCAGCCGGUGAAGUGUAUGAGUUUCAGUUUCUGGCAUUGGGGGAGGAUAAGAACCCUAGAUGUUUGGGUGGGGAUUACUUCGAAACCGAUCUUUCUGGGGAUUCAUGGAAAUCUAGGCCUCUGGUGAGAGACUUUGGCAAUGGUUCUUAUUCUGUUAAGCUUCAAGUUCAUCAGGAUUUUGUGGGGUUGUACAAUUUUACUAUUAUUUUACUCUUUAGGCAUUUUGAGGGUCUUAGAUUUUCACCAGCUAGGUUUGCGUAUGAUCGAGAGCUGCGAAAGAUUCCGAUCAGGUUUGUAAAAGGCUCGGCGAAGUUGCCUGAGCUGCGUACUUGCGAAGAGUCCGAUUUUGGGAGAGAGAUUUGGGCUGGAAGGUGGACUAGGCAUGGGAAGAACGAUGACUGUGAAAUCAGUAAUGAUGGUCGAUAUCGCUGUUUAGCUCCGAAUUAUCCUUGCCAAGGUCCAUGGUGCAAUGGUUCAUUGGGGGUGUUGGAGAGUAAUGGUUGGGUUUACUCCACACAUUGUUCGUUUAGAUUGUUUUCGGCUGAUGAUGCUUGGAAUUGCAUGAGCAACCGGUGGAUUUUCUUUUGGGGCGACUCCAAUCACGUAGACUCAAUACGGAACAUUCUCAAUUUUAUCUUGGAUCGGCCUGAUAUACCCUCAGUUCCUAGACGGUUUGAUAUGAACUUUUCAAACCCGAAAGACCCUUCACAGACGGUUCGAAUCACAAGCAUUUUCAAUGGUCAUUGGAACGAGACACAAAAUUACCAAGGAUUGAAUUCUCUGAAAGAUGAAGGAUUUAGGAACUUAUUAAAGACGUACUUCUCUGAACAGACGGUUCCAGAUACUAUCAUCAUGAACUCUGGAUUACACGACGGUGUAUUUUGGUCCAACAUAAGAUCAUUCUCUAAUGGGGCAAGCUAUGCAGCAACAUUUUGGGUGGAAAUUAUGGAGUCGAUAAGGCAGAGAGGAUUGACGGUGCCAAAAGUCUUUUACCGGACAACAAUAGCCACUGGUGGGUAUGCACGAACUCUGGCAUAUAACCCUAGUAAAAUGGAGGCAUUCAAUUGGGUAUUGUUAGAGAAAUUGAAGGAAGCCGGGCUCCUCGCCGGUGUAAUUGACAAUUUCGACAUGACCUUCCCAUGGCAUUAUGAUAAUCGGUGCAACGAUGGGGUGCACUAUGGCCGAGCUCCUGUAAAGAUGAAGUGGAGAGAUGGCGAAAUCGGGCACCAUUAUUUUGUAGACCUUAUGUUGGAUCAUAUACUGCUGAAUGCACUCUGUGCAGGAAGGCAAGCUUCUGCAAACAUGUGAAGCAACUUCAAAUUUUGCGGCGAUUUUAGAACACGAGAUUCCCCAAAUGCAGGUUUUUUUUCUGGUGCUUGAAGGCAAAGUAUGAGGGUGAUGCAUUCGUAUUGUUCAUUAGAUUGAGCUUUUAGCAUUCUUUAUUUGUUUUGUCUAUAUAUAGUUACAUAUGGUGUUAGACCACGUUUGUACAUCAUUAGAGAAUUUUGUAUUUCAAGUAAUUAAAGUUUAAGCCUCCUAAAGCCAAGUUAUCAUUCAAUAUCAGGAUAUUUCGAGCU